AUGGAAAGACUUCAACGACUUUUCGGAGCUGCAGCAGCUGGUCAUCAGCCCGGUAUGGAUACUCCAACCGUGGAUAACGCAGAAAUGGUUUAUAUUUCUUCUUUAGCUUUGCUUAAGAUGUUAAAACACGGACGUGCCGGUGUACCUAUGGAAGUUAUGGGUUUGAUGCUUGGUGAAUUCGUGGAUGAUUAUACUGUUCGUGUAAUUGAUGUAUUUGCCAUGCCUCAAAGUGGUACGGGCGUUUCCGUAGAAGCGGUCGAUCCUGUUUUCCAAACAAAAAUGUUGGAUAUGCUGAAGCAAACUGGACGACCCGAAAUGGUGGUUGGCUGGUAUCACUCUCACCCUGGAUUUGGGUGUUGGUUAUCUAGUGUAGAUAUUAAUACACAACAGAGUUUUGAGGCAUUGAAUCAAAGAGCUGUGGCUGUUGUUGUUGAUCCUAUACAAUCUGUCAAAGGCAAAGUAGUUAUUGAUGCUUUUCGCCUGAUCAAUCCUCAAAUGCUUAUGCUAGGUCAAGAACCACGUCAAACCACAUCCAAUAUCGGUCAUCUUAAUAAGCCAAGUAUUCAAGCUUUGAUCCAUGGAUUGAAUCGUCAUUAUUAUUCGAUUGCGAUUAAUUAUCGAAAGAAUGAAUUAGAACAGAAAAUGUUGCUUAAUUUGCACAAAAAAAAUUGGACCCACGGAUUAACGCUGACAAACUUUACGGAACACACAGAAAUCAAUGGAAAAAGUGUCAAUUCGAUGCUUACAUUGGCGGAAUCCUAUAAUAAAUCGGUACAAGAGGAAUCAACCAUGACACCUGAACAAUUGAAAACCCGACAUGUUGGAAAACAAGAUCCAAAGCGUCAUUUAGAGGAAAGUGUGGAAGACGUUAUGUCCAAUAAUAUUGUAAUGGCACUGGGAACUAUGAUUGAUUCAGUCAGUUUCAUAGAUACAAAUCAAAAAAAUAAAAUCCAAGGAUAG